UUUCCUCCGUUUCUGAUGCUUGCACGCAAAAUCGCUGCUGCAGCUCCUGGUCUGGGCCAGCGUGCGGCGUCUAGUAUUGCACUCAAAUAUUCGAAUGCCCUUUACCAGGCCGCACUAUCCAAGUCUCCACAGACACUCACGAAAGUUCAUUCCGAACUGGCCACCGUGUCAUCCACCAUCGCUCAAGACCCCGCCCUGACCACCUUCAUCUCCAACCCCACCCUAUCCGCCAACGAGCGUAAAGCUGGUCUCUCCGUUCUCUACACCCAACUCGACGCGGCUUCUCCCAAGAAAGAGCCAGCAUCAGAGAUUACCAAAAAUCUUCUUGCUGUUCUCUCAGAAAACGGUCGGCUGGCGGAGACACCGGGCGUCAUUGAGGGUUUCAAUGAGCUAGUUGAAAAGUACCGCGGAGAGCUCACCGUCGUUGUCACUUCCGCUGCACCACUUCCGAAAGAUGUUCUCUCUCGCCUUGAAACCGCUCUUAAGCAGUCGCAAGCCGGCCAGAAGGCUAAAGUUCUCAAGGUCUCGAACAAGGUCAACCCUUCUGUUCUCGGUGGACUUGUGGUCGACUUUGGUGAUAAAACUAUUGACCUCAGUGUGCAAUCUCGCGUGACGAAGUUCAACUCCGUUCUCCAGCGUAUGCACUCUUCUUCUUCCAUCUGCAUUGCGCGCUAA